AUGGAUCUGGUUAUUAUUGUUUCCGGUAACUGGAUUAAGAAAAACAAAUAUGUAUUCAACGCUGAUAGUAGAGGGUGUAGAGUUCUCCAUUUAGAUGAGAACUCUACACAUGAAGCCUUCGCAAAGUCUGUUCUCGAUGAUUACGGAUUGAAUGAAAUGAGUGAUCAUAUUCAGCUAAGCUACAUGUUCUCGAAUAAAUCAUUGAAAACAAUGGCGCACGACACUCCACCAGUGUACGUGUCCAAUACUCGGCAGUUGCAAGGUUUUGUAGCCCUAAAGAAAAUCGAACAACUAUGUCUUUGUGUUGAGAUUACGGAGAACAAGGACGACAGAGUGUUGGGGUCAAAAUCGUGCGAAUUUCGGUUCCCACACAGAGCAAGAGAGAAGACUAAAACAAACUUCAGUUUUAGCUCAGAAGUAGAAGCGUCAGAAGUAGAAGCGUCAGAAGUAGAAGCGUCAGAAGUAGAAGCGUCAGAAGUUGAGUCCAGAGACGAUAAUUACAGUGGGAGUUACGAUGGUUGCAGUUCGGAGAAGGAAGAAGAGUACAAUGAGAUUGAUUGCUCUAGUAUUGUGGAAGGAGAAAAUCAGAACGUAGGCGGAGAAGAUGAAACAGGCAAAGAAAACAAAGAAGACGAUGAAUUUGAUAGCCGAUUUGAUAUGUUCGACGACUCGGACGGUGCGUCAUCUGAAGAUGAUAACUUCAGCUCAUACGGUGAGUCUCCUUUAGAAGACGAAGAGUCACCAACGAUACCUCCCAAGAAGAUAUAUCAGAACUUCUCGAUGAGCGGGUCUAAAGAGAGUGAGGAGGUUCUUCCAAGGUUGGAGAUGUCGUCGUUAAAUCUUGCGGUAGGGCAACGAUACGAGAGUAAAGCCGAUUUGGAGAGACGACUGAAACUUCUUACAGUGAAGGAUCGAUUUGAUUAUGAUGUAGACAUAUCAACCCGAACAUUAUUCAUUGUUAAGUGUUGGGUUGAUGGAUGUAUCUGGAGGGUUCGUGCUUCUACCAAAGGGGAAUCCCUGGCGUUCUAUGUUUGUAUUUACGAAUCGAAUCAUACAUGUUCUACAACUGAGCGUUCUAAUCGAUGUCGAAAUGCAACACCAGAUAUUUUAGGAGAGUUGUACAAGAACUUUCUCGGCGACGUUGGUCCGGCCGUUCGCCCUACGAGUGUUGGAAUAGCUAUCACUAAGCAGUUUGGUGUAAAGAUGAAAUAUUGGAAAUCUUACCGGACGCUGAAAUUUUCAAGGGAAAUCGUUCAGGGAACACCUGAGAGUGGGUUUGAACGCUUGCCUUCUUACUUAUACAUGAUAAUAAGGGAAAAUCCGAGUACAGUUGCGCGUCUUCAAAUCGAUGAGAAUGGAAAAUUCAUGUAUGUGUUUCUUGCGUUUGGUGCGAGCGUAAAUGGGUUUCCUUUCAUGCGCAAAGUUGUGGUUGUCGACGGUACGUUUCUUAAUGGUAGAUACAAAGGGAUGCUUCUCACAGCACUAGCUCAGGAUGGUAACUUUCAGAUUUUUCCAAUAGCCUUCGCAGUGGUUGACACUGAAAAUGAUGAUUCCUGGCAUUGGUUUUUUACGCAACUAAAACUUUUGAUUCCUGACGACGAGGGUCUUGCGAUAAUCUCGGAUAGGCAUAACUCGAUUGGGAAAGCAAUUACAAAUGUGUAUCCGCUUGCUUCUCGUGGAAUUUGCACGUACCAUCUAUAUAAGAAUAUACUGGGACGGUACAAAGGAAAAGAUGCAUUUCGUCUGGUGAAGAAAGCGGCGAGAUGUUUUAGGAUGUCUGACUUUACUCAGAUUUUCGAGGAGAUUGAAGCGAUUAAUCCAGCACUCCACGGCUACCUCCAAAGGGCUGAUGUCCGAUUGUGGACGCGUGUUCAUUUCCCGGGCGAGAGGUACAAUUUGAUGACUACAAACAUAGCGGAAUCAAUGAACAGAGCAUUGUCGAAUGCUAGAGGUCUUAACAUUGUUCGGAUAUUAGAAUCGAUACGGGGUCGUGUAACUGCCGCCAGAGAUUUGGCGGUACAGAGGAUUGAUGAUCAUCACACUGAAGUUAAAUAUGGAUCUUCCGGCAAGUCUUUGCAUGUUGUUAAUUUGGUAGAGCGAAAGUGCACAUGUCGCCGUUUCGAACUCGAGAAAUUACCAUGUGUACACGCAAUCUCAGCGGCGGAGUACAGGAAUGUUUCUCGUAUAUCCCUGUGCAGUCCUUACUAUACCAGCAAUUAUUUGGUUAGCGCAUACGCUGAAUCGGUCAUGCCAGUUGAUUCAGCGCAACCUGUUCCAGAACUCGUGGCUAACCAACGCUGCUUGCCCCCGACUGUACGUCAACCACCAGGCAGACCGAAGAAAAAUAGGAUGAAAUCUGCUUUAGAAGUUGCACUAUCAAACAAACGUCCUAGGAAAGAGCACACAUGUUCUCGAUGUAGAAAGAGUGGUCAUAAUGCGAAAACUUGUCCGAUGUAA